AUGGAAGUCCUUGGUAAAUUGACAGAGUCCAGUAGUAUAUAUACUCCAACAGAGCCUAAAGAACCAAUUAGGAGGGCGGAGCCUACAGAGGAAGCUAAAACAGCAGGCCAAGCUGCCUUAGCUAGAUUAGAAGCAAAAAAAAGUGAUAAACCAAGAUUUAACACAUCAUAUGCUGCCAUUCAAGCACGUGUUAAACGUGAACUGGAAUUGGAAAGAAAAGCACAGCAGAGUUUACAGCAGACGAAAGAUGCACCGUUGAAAGAGAAGAAAGAUAUAGUUGUAGAUCCUUCUAUUUUUGCAGUUACUGACGUGUUCUUCCGUUGCCCGUAUUUGUCUGAUGAAAUAUUGUUGCGAGAUGAGUGGAAAAAGAAAAUAAGAGAAUUUCUAUAUGAACAAUUAAUGGGAGAGGAAGCAGGAUUAACAGCAUGUCUAAUUAUUCAAAGUUGCAAUUCCGGAAAAGAGAAGAUCGAAAGCUGUGUAGAAACACUUGGCAAAUAUUUGGACAACAUUAUUAACAAUCCCGAUGUUGAAAAAUAUUGGAAAAUCAGAAUGUGUAACAGAAUAUUUCAGGAAAAAGUUUUGCCUAUUGAAGGAGCAUUAGAUUUCUUAAAAGCAGCUGGUUUUGAACAGAAAAAAUUGCUACAUAACGAGAAUGAAGAAGACUUCUUGGUAUGGAGUUCUAACAAUUGUAACAUUGAGAAUCUUACGAUGUUAAAUGAAGCAUUAAUAUCUGCUGAACCCAUUCCUAUCGAGUUAGACAGGAAUUUACAAGUAUUAAUGCCUAGUCAAGCUCGUGUGAGAAAUGAAUUGCCACCCAGCUUCUUCACGAUAAGUCCAGAAGAAAUAAAAAAAGAACAACAGUUGCGGACGGAAGCCGUAGAAAGAAACCAAAUGCUACGAACGAAGGCAAUGAGGGAGAAAGAUGAGCAGCGUGUACUUAGAAGAUAUAAAUUCGCUGUACUUCGCAUUAAAUUUCCAGAUGGAAUAAUAUUGCAAGGUACUUUCUCGGUACACGAAAAGUUCCAGAAUGUAACCGAAUUUGUUACUGAAAAUUUGGUCGACGAUAAAGUGUCCUUUUUGUUGAUAACACCGGACGGUAUUAAGCUAGUAGAAGAAUGUCAAGCAAAGACGCUCUUAGAAUUACGGCUAAUUCCUACAGCUAUAUUGGAAUUUUCCUGGAAUGUAAACGACAAGGAAAGUAUGCCUAAGAGAUAUUUGAAAGAAGAUGUACUUGCUUAUAUACAAGAAGUUUGAAAAUAAUAUAUUCUGGUACAGAUAAUAAUUCAAAACGCUUUUUUUUUAAAUAUUUUCUUGACACUUUUAGCAUUAUUGUCAUAAUUUUUUGGUCAUUCCAGUUUUUUGAGAAUUUUUUUCUAAUAUAUUGUGUAUAUUUUCUCAUAUUGUUUAUAUCAAAACCCCAAUUGUGUAAGAAAAGUGAACAAAGUUCUGAUUAGAUUUUGAAUAAAUUUAUUAUUAUUGAAGUGUGUGCAUAUUUAUCUAUUCGAUUAUCUAAAAUAUAUAAAUAAAUGUAAAGACCUAUUUUACCAUGUAAUUUUACUAUAAUAUAUUUCAAUUUUAUUGAUAUAUGUAAAUAAGCAUAAUAAUAUUUAAUGAUAUUAAUCUAAUCCUACAUAUCUUGCGAUAAUGCUUAUUUAGAAUAUUCCACAUACGUACCUAAUUUGGGAAUACAUGUAUAUGGUUGUAUAAAUAAUGAAUAUAUAUAUAUCGAUGCAUAUAUGGAGCAAAUAUGAUUAUGCACACAUAUUGGCAUUGUAUAUAUCAGGAAUUUGAUUUUAUGUUCAAA